AUGGUAUUGGACAGUGGGCCACCGGUAGCUUGCAUGGGUUUCUCAUGGCUAACAAGCAUCAUAUCAGAGCGUUCAUGUGCCGAAUAUUACAAUGCCCUUAAUGGUAACAUUUUUUGGCAGCUAAACGUUGUUCACGUUUCCAGCAGUUUGCUAAGCAACACUCUUAUCGCUGUAGCAUCCAUGUUUGGUGGCGCCUUUGGUGGUUUUGUGGACUCAUUUCUAAACCGACUGAGCUGGUGGUAUCGUUUACCGGCAUUUGCUGUAUCUUCUUUGUGUCUUCUAUCGGCUGUUUUUGCACUACUCGGUUAUCGUUUCGACCUAUUUUAUGGCCUGAUUCGGAUCGAUUUUUCCAAGCAAGAAGUUACGAGAGUUGCCGUUGAAAAAAGAAAUGACAAUGAGUGCUACAAAUAUAAGAAAUCGCAAUCGGACAAGUUUAUUGAAUGCCGUCGGGAAGAAGGCCCGAGAGCAGCAGUACUGGUCAGGGAAUUGUAUCAAAAGGCAUUCUGUCCUGUGCAAAUUGCGUCUCAAUCUUAA